AUGCGCGACUAUAACCCCGACCGCGUCCGCGAACUCCAGGCUUUCCAGCUUGAGAUCAACCAGCUUCGCGAGUCAAGCCGCGUCAUGCAAGAGCUCCUUGUUGCUUCCGAGCUCUCCUGCGAGGCCGGCAAGGCCCUCCUCGACAAGGCCAUGGUCACCGUCACCCGUCUGCAGAACCAGCUGGAGACUCAUCGCGCCAUCCGCGUCGAGCUCGAGAAGCAUAUCGAGAACCUGGAGAGCCAGAAGGAGAUGCGCGAGAAGACCAAGAAGCUCGACGAAGCCCUUAAGCUCGUCACUGACCUCAAGAAGAAACUCGAGGUCACUGAGAAACUGGCCAAGUAUCUGACUCAGCACAACGGCAAGCUGGUUCGGAAGAAUCACCAGCUUGAGCAGAGAAUUUCAAGUCUUUCUGCCCAGCUUGCCGAGAUGAGCGAUGAUGAGUUCCACACUCCCGCUUCCAGCAUCAAGACCCAGCGAGCUGUUUUCCAUACUCCCAUGUCUGUGCCCCGUCAUGGACACGGUCGUGAGGCUCAUGUCAUGAAUGAAGCUCCCCCUCCCCUGUUCCGUCUUUCCGAGGCUGGCACUUUUGUCGCCAAGAAGGAGGACGAUAUCGAGGAGGAGAACAGCGACGAAGAAACCGAGGAUGCUAAGCUCCUCUAA